AUGGUCUCCGCAGAUAACCCUGCUGCUGCUGCUGCUGCUGCUUCUGCUGCCGCUGCCGCCGCCGCCCAUUCCAUCUGGUUGACAGGUUGGCUUGGGAGAUGUGGGAGGCAUGCAUGCAUGGCCACGACCCCAGCGAACCAAGAUUUUUGCAUCGUUGCCCUUUCAGAUGCACACUCACUGGUUGCGUCUAUCAUUCUAACCUUACCAGCCAGCCCAGUGCUUCCCCUCCUCCGACCGAUUCUACCCCGCCCCAGAUCGCCUGACAACGUACAUCGCGGGUUCAAUAACCACCAUCCAUCGACGAUUGUUCCAGGAAUUCCCAUGUUCGUGACUCUUCCUCCGCACUUCCUAAGCUUCAGCGCGCAUAAGGCUUGUCUUGGACUCACUGCCAAGGGUGAUCCGUUGUCGGUAUCCUUGUUCUUGGUCUGCCUUUCUAUGGAGUACUACUUACUCCUCCACAUUCUUUUUCGGUGGUUGGGCUGGAUGCUGUCCGAAUCCGGAUGGGGUGAUGCAACUGGGUAUCUACGGAGUAACAUUGGCGAUAAUUGUUCUUGGCUGGCUCUAGUAGAAUCGGAGUUGAUGGGUCAGUAA